GACCUGACCAAGUGUGCUUCCAUUCAAGGAAAAAAAAUGUUCACCCAGCCCACAAAUGCUGUCUUUUCCCUUAGCCACAAUGUCAGUAGCCAUUUGGCCAGCCUCUCAGUGGUUGGAAACGGGAUCCCCACCCGCCAGCCCACUGCGAGGGAGAAGGCAUUGUGUGUCCCAGAAAAUCCCAACACCAGUAUUGGAAAUGAGGGCCAGAUUAAGAUGUACAUCGGUGAAGUGUGUCGAGAGACGGUGUUAGGUGGCUGCAAGUCAUUUCUGCAGCAGGCCGGAUUAGAUCUGCUAAUAAGCAUGACAGUUAUUAAUAACAUGCUUGCCAAGUCGGUUUCAGACCUGAAGUUUCCCUUGAUUUCCCAGGGAAGGGAAUGUGCAAAGGUUGAGGGUCUGGGAGCCCUGGUGGGUUUGCCUGAAAAGCCAGUGUUGGCAGGGGAAGUGCUGGCUGCCCAACUGCUGUCCUCAUCCAUGCUCCCCUUUAUCAGAAGCAGGAGCAGAGAGAUGCUCCUGGAAGCCCUCUCCCCAUAAGUGGCCUUCUCGAGCAGAAGGAGACCGAAUCCACCCCGAGCCCGAGCAGUUGACUGAGGGAGGCAGAGAAGCUGCAGAGGGGUGCAAGCAAGGAUGCAGCCUUAGCCAGUGAGCGCCUCCUGGGGCGAAAGUUCCAAUCCCAAAAUGCAGGGCCACACUCUUCUUGGCCAGGCAGGGCUCCCCAGAGCCCUGGGCAACCUCUGGGCUUUGUAGUCUGCAGGUAAAGCGCAUUGUAAAUUGCUCCCUUGCAGCCUUCCUCCUGCAGUAAAGGGUGAAGGGAUCGCCCCUUUGGCUGCUAGCUGCAGAUAAGGAACAUCAAAUCACAGCAUCACGAGUGCUGUGCUUGCCUGUGGUGAUCUCCCUGUCUAAGCGGGACCACUUAGCAGAAAUGACACCCACAUGGGAGCCUGUGCCCAGCUUGCAUCUGCUGCCGCUGCUUUGGUCGAAGUAGUUCCCCUCUCCCCUUUUCUACACUAGCUGAUGAAUGGCUAGCAUGUUAAUCAAAGAAAUACACUCCCCUCCUGUCCGAUGUACCGACUGACCCCCUUCCACCCGAGCCCCCACCUGUGUGUAUCAUCAAUAAACUUGUGUGCUUUGAUUGGCAAGAAAAUGAAAA